AUGGAAAAGAGUCCAAAGUACAAGGAAGAUUAUAUCAAAUUCAUGGACAAUGUCUUUAGAGAUGGUGAUGCAGAAGAAACAAAUGCCACCCCAAAGGAAGGCAACACAUGGUACAUUCCGCACCAUGGGGUGUAUCAUCCUAGGAAGCCUGAGAAGAUUAGGGUCGUAUUUGACUGCUCUGCCAAAUGUGAAGGCACCUCUCUGAAUGACCACCUCCUCACAGGACCUGAUCUAACAAAUAAUCUGACUGGAGUGCUGUGUAGAUUUCGCCAGCAUCAGAUCGCGAUUAAUUGCGAUGUUGAGAAAAUGUUUCACCGCUUCCACGUAACCCCAGAAGAUCAGGAUUUCUUGAGGUUCCUUUGGUGGGAAAAUGGGAACACAGCAAGAGAGCCCAAAGAAUACCGGAUGCGAGUUCACAUAUUUGGAGCAGCAUCAUCGCCUGGAUGUGCUAACUAUGGCAUGAAAUACCUCGCCAGCAAAUAUGAGAAUGAUUACCCAUUGGCUGCAGUCUUCAUCCGGAAAAAUUUCUAUGUGGAUGAUGGGCUUAUCAGUGUCGAUUCAGUUCAAAGAGCCAACCAGCUUCUGAAUGAAGCACGGGAAGUCUUUAGUAAAGGACAGCUGCGCUUACACAAAUUUGUCUCUAACAACAGAAAGGUUUUGGAUGCAAUUCCAGAGAGUGAACGGGAAAGUGCAGUGAAGGAUGUGGACCUGAACUACAGCGAGCUUCCAAUGCAGAGUGUGCUGGGAGUGAAAUGGAGCAUAGAGACGGAUGCGUUCUCAUUCAAUGUCGUCCUCAAUGAAAAGGCAGCCACCCGGCGAGGAAUCCUAUCAACGGUAGCUAGUGUGUACGACCCAUUAGGAUUUCUCUCUCCCUACAUCUUGACUGGGAAAAGAGUGCUGCAAGAGGUGUGCAAACGAGGUGUAGGAUGGGAUGAACAUGUUCCCCUUGAACUGAAGCCAAAGUGGGAAACAUGGCUCCAUGACCUGAAAAAUCUUGAGAAAAUUCAAAUACCAAGAUGCUUCAUUCCUGAUCAGCUCAGCACAAUACAAAAAAUUGAGCUGCAUCAUUUUUCAGAUGCCAGCAACAAUGGCUAUGGGCAAUGUUCUUAUAUCAGGAUUGUUGCUAAUGAACAAGUACAUUGUGCAUUAGUCAUGGGUAAGGCCAGACUGGCACCCACAAGGGUGGUCAGCAUUCCACGCCUUGAGCUCACUGCAGCUACAGUCUCUGCUGCUGUGAGUAGUAUCCUUAGAGAAGAGCUGGAGCUGAAAAUAGACCAGGAGUUUUUCUGGACUGAUUCACAGGUGGUGCUCGGGUACAUCAAGAAUGACGCCCGACGCUUUCAUGUUUUUGUAGCAAAUCGCGUCCAGAAAAUAAGAGACACUACUGAUCCUAGUCAGUGGUUCUACGUCGAAACAAGCCAGAAUCCAGCCGACCACGCAUCUAGGGGUCUCAAGGUGGCAGACCUAAUAGAAUCAAAUUGGCUCAGAGGACCAAAGUUCUUAUGGGAACAAGAAAUUGUUUUUAGCCAAAGAUCCCCAGAGCUUCUUGUAGGUGACCCAGAGGUCAAAGUCCUGAAAACAGAUGCUGUUGAAAGAGACAGGAACAGGAUUUCAACUUACCUUGCAAGAAAGCAAUGUGACUUCCUGAUGAAUGUGCCUGAAGCAAGCCACAUGGGAGGCAUUUGGGAACGCCAAAUAUGGACGGUUAGGAGCGUGAUGAGUUCUGUUCUGGCACAGGCUAAAGGGAGACUGGAUGACACCUCUUUGAGGACAUUCUUCCAUGAAGCCAUGUCAAUUGUUAACAGUCGUCCACUCACAACAAACACAAUCAAUGAUCCUAAAGGUGUUGAACCUUUGACACCUAACCAUUUGUUCACAAUGAAGUCCAUUGUGCCCCUCGCGCCUCCAGGCAAAUUUGUCCGGGAAGAUUUGUAUGCCAAGAAGAGGUGGCGUAGAGUGCAGUACCUAUCGGAACAAUUCUGGAGCAGGUGGCGCAAGGAAUACCUGGUCAGCAUAAGCCUCAGACAACAGUGGCAUGUGCCCAGAAGAAAUGUGCAAGUUGGGGAUGUCGUUAUUGUCAAGGAUGACAAUAUUCCCAGAAAUGAGUGGAAGCUAGCCAGAGUUGUUGAGGCAAGGGCAGAUGGUGAUGGUCUUGUGCGAAAGGUCAAAAUUCAAAUAGGACAAAGUAAUUUAGGAAAGAAGGGUGAGCGCAUAACGCAACUUUCUUUACUUGAGCGUCCAGUUCAAAAAUUAGUGGUGCUAGUGGAGCAGAAUUCAUAGACUAGUAUCCUAAAACAUUAAACAGGAAAUAUUAAACUUUCAGACUAAGCUGUUCAAAACCAAGUGUCAAAAAUUUGUUGCUAAAUGUAUAGGAAAAUUACACGAUUUAUUCAGUUUAUUCAGAAUAUGGUUAAUAUAAAUCUUUGUAAUUUUGGUGGCAGUGUAGCUGUCGCUGAAAACAUGUAUGGGUCUUUUCUUUCUUUAAGCCUUUAAAGUAUUUAUUUGUUAUGUUGUUAUUACAAUAAUGCAAUGUAAAUAUUAAUAGUAAUUUGCCUAUGUGAGUUUUGUUUUACAAGGGUUGCAGAAAUAGUGACACCUACAGGUUAAACUAGUGAGCUGCAUUUAAUUUAAGUUACUGUGGUCAUGUGAUUAGCCUAACUAAUAGCAGUGCAAAAAUGUGCAUGCAGUUUUUUGGUGCUACGCUGUACACGGAGUUAGGUGCUAAAGAAGAGAAUAAUUAAACAGUAAAGCGUUACAGCAACUCCUAGAUUUCUGGUCGGAAGGCGCACACGUUUUUCAUGGUGUUUGACGGUGUUUGAAUGCGCUUAAGUUGUGAAGGAAUGCAAUAAAAGAAACGACAAACAUCAGUUGAAGCGUACGUUUUAAUCUGACCAGAAGAAUAAGUUUGGGAGCAGCUACAGUGAAAAACGUGGCCUACUGCCUUUGGUAAGGCAGUGAAGAAGAACGUAGGCCUAAUCUGGAAAAGCAGUGAAAAACCUGACCUGCUGCCACGAGCCACAGUGAAGGACAUACUGCUUCGUGAACUGCAGUGAAAAGGUAUUGUUUGGUGUGGUGUAAAACAUUGCCAUCCAUGGACAUGUACAACGUAGCCAUUGGAGAGUGAGCAACGAUCGCCAGCAUCCCAGGGAAUACUGUACGAGCCGCCCCUUGUGAAGUCUCCGUCCCGCACUCAACGUAAACGACCUGCCUACCCAUCCUGGCAUUCAUCCAACGUGACCUCGCGAGCUUCAGUUCAGCGUGAAGAUGGAACCCAGAAGAAGACGGUGCUGCAGCUGCCAAGAACGGCCACAGGGAAGCAACAACGCGACAUCUUUGGACAAUUGAGUUUGUGAACAUUCAUUACAUCUGGAUUCCAGGUCAGACUGUACAUUUA